AGCUAAGUCUGUUGCUAGUCUCUAACUGACUGAAGGCUACAGGUUGUGAAGUCAGAACAAUUAUAUCUCACAAUGAAAUCAAAAUCAGUUCCUUUAGUGGUUGUACAUAGAAGUGUGGUUCUUUAAACAAAAAAUAAGAAAAUAUAUACAUGUGUAUAAAAACACAAGACAAUACUGUUGUAGAUUACUAGACAAAAAAGGGACCAAUGAUGAUAAAUGUAGACAAAAAUGUACAAAACAUACAAUAUCACAGUCUUUAUCUAAAACUACUUAUAGGAAUGAAAAUGUGGAUAUCUGAUACAAAGCUGUGCAUGCCCUGGGCACAUGAACUUGGCUGCUGCACACAAGCUAUCCUCUUGAAAUGGUGAACAUCUCUAGAGUUUAGAGUGCAUGCAUAUGGCCUGAAAGUUUUGUUGAGAAAAUAACAACUAAUUAUUAAGUAUUUUGAGUUUCUGAGAUGAGAUAAAUUGUGUAAUUCGUAUUAUAUUAUUUAGUUUGUGAAACAGACUGAAACGGUAAUGAUGAACUCUCUUUAAAGGAUGUUUUGUGUGUGACUCUCCUGACUGUCUACAACUUUAUGGAAUCUCAAUCAGAACUUCAAAAAUACAAGCAAAAUGCAGCCUCAGAGAUGGAGAAGCAAAGAACCGACCUUCUAAAGAAGUUGUUUGCAGUGGAUGUGACUCUGGAUCCUGAUACAGCUCAUCCUGAACUCACUGUGUCUGAUGAUGGAAAACAAGUGACACAUGGAGACACAUGACAGGAUCUCCCUGAUACACCACAGAGAUUUAAUUAUCUCUGUGUUCUGGGAAAGCAGAGUUAGGAAAGGAGAUUUUAUUAUGAGGUGCAGGUCAGAGGGAAAACUGCAUGGACAUUAGGAGUUGUAAGAGAGAACAUUAAGAGGAAGGAGUGGAUUCCACUGAGUCCUCAGACUGGAUUCUGGACUGUGGGACUGAGGAAUGAGAAUGAGUAUAAGGCUUAUGCUGGUCCUGAUGUCCCCCUCACACUGAGAGAGAAGGUGGAGGAGGUGGGGGUAUUUGUGGAUUAUGAGGAGGGUCUGGUCUCCUUUUAUGACGUGAAGUCCAGCUCUCAUAUCUACUCUUUCACUGCUCAGUCUUUCACUGAGAAACUUUAUCCAUACUUCAGUCCUUGGUAUAGUGAUAAUUAUACCAAGGACUGAAGUAAUGAUAAUUCAGCACCACUGAUCAUCUCUGCUGUUACUGAAUUAAUAUCUGAUUUAUAUUUUUUAGCAUUUUGAACUUUUGUAAAUAAUGGAUUUAUUCAUCUCUAGACAUUUAGGAAUUUUAUAAAGACGCAUGAAUGUUACUGGAUUAUUUAGAGCUUAUGUGCUGUUAAUAUGAUUCCUGUCAUUAAAGCUGCCAUCUGUGCUACUUUCUAGCUCUCACUUGAGUUGAAUUUAGAGUGUUAACUAACAUUUUCUCCACCACUAAAAAUCACCACUUAUUAUAGUUGAGAAUCUGACACCUUGCCAGGUGUAUAUCUGUUAAUGAGGUGAGUUUUCAGGUUAGGAUGCUAUUUAAUGCUGUUUAUUUUCUCCAGAACAUGAUGUCAGUUCUUAGUAAAUGUUGUUAAUAUUUGGUAAAUGAUCAGUAAGAUUUUUGUGAUUAGAUGUGGGGAUGUAUUUGGAUUAGACCUGCAUCUCUCCACAGACCUGCAGUUUUAAUCUCAGCUGAAGGUGUGGAGGAUUCACUAACAUGGCAGUAGUUAGUAACUGUGACUAAUGUGGCAUUUACAGAUUUGUUCUAUUUCUGGAUGUCUUAUAUGAGUAAGAUA